UUAGACAAGAAUAACUGUUUCUAAACAAUAUUUAUUUCAUAUUUUUAAAGUUAUAACUUUUGAUAUUAUUUAAUACUCAAGCAAUUAAAGAAUGUCCGCAAAGAUUGUCAACAAUUUGUCUGCAGUUCUCCAUAAAGUGGAUGAUCUUAGACUAGAAGAGUGGCCAAUGCCUGCCAGUCCACAAAGUAACCAGGUAUUACUUCGGACCAAAUGUGUGGGUAUAUGUGGAUCAGAUGUGCACUAUUGGAAACACGGCCGCAUCGGUAACUUCCUAUUGGAUGAGCCCAUCAUAUUAGGCCACGAGACCUGUGCCGAAGUGGUUGAGGUGGGCCCGGGGGUCACCAACUUCAAAGUGGGCGACCGGGUGUGCACUGAGCCGGCGGUGCCCUGUAGGCUGUGCUCGACCUGCAAGGAGGGCUACUAUAACCUCUGCGCUAACAUCUCGUGUCACGCCACACCUCCACACUCGGGGACACUCACACAAUACUUCAAUCACCCUGCUGACUAUACAUUUAAGAUCCCGGAGCAGAUGACUGAUGAGGAGGGGGCUAUGAUAGAGCCGUUGACUGUGGCCGUGUAUGCCUGUAGGAGAGCACAGGUGACUGUUGGCAAAACGGUGCUCAUCACCGGCGCCGGACCCAUAGGACUGUUCAAUAUAAUGGUGGCUAAAGCACUGGGAGCCGAACAGGUCGUUGUCACCGACAUAAACGAGAAGCGCCUAAAGUUGGCGCAAUCGGUGGGCGCCGACCAUACAGUGCUCAUCACGAAAGCCACUGAAGAGGACAAACUCGUCACAGAAAUCGGCCAAACGUUGGGUCAGAUGCCGGACAUAACCAUUGAGUGCAGUGGCGCGCCCUCCAGCACGCGGUUGGCGCUGAUGGCCACCCGUGAAGGGGGAACAGUAGUGCUCGUAGGCCACGGGCCCUCCAACGUGAGCCUUCCCAUUGCCGACGCAGCCAUACGUGAAGUGAAUAUUCUCGGCUCUUUCAGAUACAGGAACUGUUUUCCGUUGUCUAUAUCAUUGGUAAACCUAAAGCCUUUAAUAUCUCACAGAUUCUCAUUCGACCAAACAUUGGAUGCCUUUAACACGGCUUUCAAAGGGGAAGGUGUCAAAAUUAUUAUCAAAGUUGAGCCUGAUAAUUAA